AAGUCUGUCACAACUUUAACCUUUCAGGUGGUUUGCUAACACAUGAGGUUCUAUCAGUAAGUUGAUGGGUAGUGAUGAAGCUCGAGAGUCAUUGCUUUCAGAAUCAAGAGAUCAUUCUCAUGUCAAUGAGAAAAGUGACCUCCAAAGAAGAAGGCCACGGCGUGGCAGUGCUUCAGAGAAAGAUUUCAAUCACCAAGAACAAAAUAUUGUCCAAAACCUUUUACACUCACAAUGUAUAGGUGCAAAACCACAAGCAGAAUUCCAUUUCAGGCCAAUGAUCUUGUUGUUAGCUGCAUACCUUGGUGUAGGUACCCUAUGCUUCCUUUUGACAAGUCAUCAAAUAAAGGGAAUAAAAACCAAUGGGUUUCUUGAUGCCAUUUACUUCUGUGUUGUGACAAUGACUACUGUUGGAUAUGGAGAUCUUGUGCCCAAUAGCCCAUUGGCAAAACUUCUUGCUUGCAUUUAUGUCUUCACUGGCAUGGCUCUUGUUGGGUUAAUUCUUAGCAAGGCAACAGAUUACAUUGUUGAAAAACAGGAAAUCUUCCUAGUUAAAGCCAUGUACAGGGGUGAGAAAUUUGGUCCAGAAGAGCUUUCCAAAGAGGCUGAAACCAACAAAGUUAAAUACAAAUUCAUGCUGGCGGCAUCCACUUUCUUGGUGCUCAUGGUUGUAGGAACUAUUUUUCUGUAUUUUAUUGAAAAUUUGGAUUUUGUUGAUGCCCUCUAUUGUGUUUGUUCCACAGUCACAACUUUAGGUUAUGGGGAUAAAAGCUUCUCAACUAUUGUUGGUCGUACUUUUGCUGUGUUCUGGAUAUUGAGCAGCACCAUGUGUUUAGCACAGCUUUUUGCAUAUCUUGCUGAAUUAUAUACUGAAGAAAGACAAAGAUCACUGGCAAAAUUGGUUCUUACUCGAAAGUUGUCACUUUUUGAUCUUGAGGCAGCUGAUCUUGAUGGAGACCAAGUUGUCAGCGCUGCAGAGUUUGUUUUAUACAAGUUGAAGGAAAUGGGAAAGAUCAAGCAAGAAGAUAUUUCACUUGUGAUGGAGAUUUUCAGAAAACUAGAUUUUGAUAAAUCAGGAACUCUGACAGAAGCUGAUCUCGUAAUCUAAAUCAUCUUAAUCCUUGACUUGCCUCCUAUUUCUCCAAUUUCAAUUUAUAUUGUAAUCUUUGACCUCAUCAACUUGGGGUCACUUGCAUCACUCCAUCAAAUCCUUGAUACAUUCAAAAGAACUUUGUUUAGUUUGCCAUGUAGCUAGUUGACCGUACGACAUAAAAGGCUGAACUGAGUGCCAGCCUCUGGCUAAGUCUCUGUCUUGUGACUUAUAUUAUCCACUUUAGUUCAUUUUCCUC